AUGAGAGAUUGUUCGGAGUUCAAGGACUUCAAGCAGAAGAAGCAGCGGGGUGGGAGUGCAGCGGCUGCUCCUGUGCACUCUGGUGAUCAUGGUGACUCCAAGGUGUUAUGCCUGAGCAGUGGAGGUGACAGUCUGCCACGGAUCUUUGUGGACAUCAAACGGUCCGGCGGUCCAAGCAAGCGUGUAGUAGCUGCUGUGGACACCUGUGCAUCCCGCUCCCUUGUAGCUAGCGCCCUGGCAACCGACCUAGCUUUGGAUAUCAGGCCUACGUCAUCGACAAUUAAUGCGAUCGAUGGCAGUCCGGUGGAUGUCCGUGGCGUCGUGGAGUGUACAAUCUCACGGCUGGAUAGUGCUGUGGUUCGCCUACGUGAGACCGAGACUGACAUGCUGGUGGUGGACGACCUGUCUGUCGUGGAGGCUGAUGUGCUGAUUGGAGUUAACAGCAUCGCGACUCUGGGUGGUGUGCAUAUGCAGUAUGACGCAGGAGAACUGGUGGGGGUUGUAUUCGGGACCGUCAGUGCUGCAUGCCCAUUGGUGCUGGCGUCGAGCACCCCAGAUGAGCAUCCGUCACGCCCCGAGUCGGAAGCACGAGCCGUCGCUGAAGACUUUCACCACGCGGACGUGGAGAAGCUCAGCAAUGGCGAUGUUGUGCUGCGGGCAUCAGAUAUGAUCCUCCGGUGGAGUACGGCUGACAAGGCGUGGGAGGUGCAGUGGCAAUGGGCGGACAAGACGGAGCCGACUACGUGCAUCGGGUCAGGCCUUGGAGAGUACCCACGAUCCAAGCUCUCCAAGGAGCAGGAACAGCUAUUUGGAGAUGAGGUUGAAAAAUGGCUCGGCAACGGCUGGCUAGUGAAGCAUGACGUCGAGAAGCAUGGUGAGCCGAGAUGUGUGCUGCCUCUGCUCGCUGCUACGCAGGAGCAUAAGGCAUCAACGCCAGUUCGGCCCUGCCUCGACUACCGGCUCCUCAACCAGAAGCUGACGUCGCACCCUGGCACCGACGCUCCGGCAUGUGGCGAGACGCUACGGAGGUGGCGUCAAGCGGGCGUUCCGCAAGCGUAUCAGCUGCUGGAUAUCAGCAAAGCGUACCUACAGGUACGCAUUCAUCCCGAUUUGUGGCGUUAUCAGUGCGUGGUGUGGCGUGGCGAAGUGUACGUCCUGGAGCGGAUGGGCUUCGGGCUGUCCGUGGCUCCAAAGGCAAUGGACUUGAUCGUGAAGUGGGCCACGCGUGAUCUCGCUGGCGUAGACAACUACGUUGAUGAUCUCUACGUCCCAGAGCAGCUCGUCGACCGCACCAAGUCGCGGCUCCUGGAGUAUGGCCUGCCAACCAAACCGGCUGAGCCAGCCGUGAGUGCGCGUGUGCUAGGUCUGCAACUUCAGGCUAAUGACGAGGGGAGUGUGUCGUGGACGCGUCGCGAAGGUGUGUCUCUACAGCUACCCGACAAACCAACGAAGCGCGAACUGUUUAGUUGGUGUGGCAGAGUGAUUGGGCACUACCCUGUGUGUGCCUGGCUGCGCCCAUCGUGUUCGUAUGUCAAGCGCCUUGCCUGCACGUCAGAGGUGGCAUGGGAUCAGGCUGUACCGGAUGCUGUCUUGAAGUGUUGCCGCGACAUUGUUCACCGCCUGUGCAAUGAUGAUCCCGUUAGCGGAGUGUGGUACGCUGACCCAACGAUGGGUACGUCGCGAGCGUAUUGUGACGCGUCCAACCUGGCAAUUGCCACGGUGCUCACGCAGGAUGGCAAGGUUGUCGAGGAUGGUUCAUGGUUGCGAGACAAAGCAGACAAGCGUCAUAUCAAUGUGGCGGAGCUCGAGUCGUCUCUGAAGGCGCUGGAUCUGGCCAUCCGGUGGGACGUCAAGAACCUGACCAUCGUGACCGACUCGAAGACGGUUGCUGGUUGGUUGCGCUCGGUCUCGCAGAAUACUCAUCGCGUGAAGGUCGGGGGUCUCCACGAGUCUCUCGUCCGUCUCCGCCUGCAGGUGUUUCAGGACACUGUGGCUGCUGCUGGCAUGACGGUGUCCGUGGAGUGGGUCCCCUCGGAGUCGAACGUUGCAGAUCGGCUCACCCGCGUGCCGACCUCAUGGCCUCCCUGUCGGGAGGAAGCAGGUGAAAUCGCAGCAGCGCUACCAGCAAGCUCUAUGAAGGGGCCAACGUCGAUGCGGUCUAUCCGCGGGUGCCAAGCGGUAGAUGCGGACGUGCAGCUGACAGUGACACAGCUACAGGAUGGAAAGCAAGUGACGAGCCAGCUGUACAAGAAAUCAAAGGGUCAGCUGCGUGUUAUUGAUGGCGUCCUGUACCUCAGUCGUGUGGACCCCGUCGAUGGUGAUGUGAUCGUACCGGUCCUGCCUACUGCACUGCAGAGUGAAGCCGUCGGUGCUGCUCACCGCAACACCGGACAUGGUAACUGGGAGACCAUGUGGGGCAGUCUUCGGAAGUGCUGUCAUUUCCCACAGAUGGCGCAACGCUGCCAGGAAGUCGUCCGAGACUGCGGGACGUGCCGUGCAGCGAACCCGUCGCGAGGAGAGCUCAACCCUCCAGCCGCGAGAAGCGACCUACCAACCAGGCCGUGGGAAGUCAUCCAGAUUGAUACGUUAGAGCUGGGACCCAGCCUCAGUAGUUCCUACCAUUGUGUCCUCGUGUGUGUGGACAUGUUCACACGGUGGGUGGAAGUCGUACCCCUAGCCCGCCAUGAUGGUGUCAGUGUCGCGGAGGCGCUUGUUGGUAUUUGCACCCGGUUUGGCCCACCAAGCGUAAUUCGAUGUGACAACGGCACGGAGUUUGUUAACUGUGUGGUGUCGUCUCCGCUAUCGAUAUUCGGCGUACAUGUGAGGCAUGGAGCUGUGCGCCACCCUCAGAGCCAAGGGGGAGCCGAGCGCUUCAAUCGCACGCUGCUGGGUCUUAUCCGCAAAGUGGUCGAGUACAGCAGCGAUUGGCAGACAGAGCUGAGCAUGCUGCUCUACUACUACAGGGUGCGGCCGCACAGUGCUACUGGGAUUUCGCCAUGCGCUGCAAUGAUGGGAUGGGAACCACGCAACCUCCUGGUCGAGCGCGAGGAAGAAGACCUCAGUUUGUCAAGCUGGGUUGAAAGCUUGGCAGAGAAGACGGCACUUGUCAUCACCCGGGCUGCUGAUCCACACUCAGCGGAGAAGAUUGUCAACGUGGAGAUCAUCAAGAGGGAUGUCGCCCGUGACUUGGCCCAACCAACAGCGCCGAUGGACGACAGUGCAGCGGCAACAGAUGGUGGUUAUCUGUACCAGCCAGCAUCAGUGCUGCCAGGCCCUGAGCCCAACAUUGGGGAUAGCGGCAUUCGCAUGUCCCUGCGAGACAGAUCUGCCAUUAGGCCACCGCAGCGCUAUGGCUCCUGA